CGCUGUCUGUCUAAGCAUGGCGAGAAGGAAGUAAAGAAAUUUUAUCAACAAUGUACGAUCUUCCAGUGAAUGUUUGCAGAAUAUUUUAAUCAAAUACUAUGGGGAAAGAGCAGGAACUGCUGGAAGCGGCAAGAACUGGAAAUGUUGCAGUUAUAGAAAGAUUGCUCGCCAGCAGAGUACGUCGAUCUGCAGGAGGGAGUGCACUUACAAGCGCUCUUGCCAGUCUCUGGAAUUUCAAAGGAGUAAAUGUGAACUGUGUGGAUGCUAAUGGCGGUACUCCUCUCCAUCUUGCAUCUCUCAAUGGACACAGAGAGUCUGUGACUCUUCUCCUUCAAAAUGAGGCUCUGGUCAACGCCACUGACGAACGAGGAUGCACUCCCCUUCACUUGGCAUCAUGGAGUGGACGUUCAGAUAUCUGCACAUUGCUCCUGCAGCCCUCCGCCAUACCCGCUCAGAUCAACGCACAAAACAGCGAUGGUGAGACCCCACUCCAUUGCGCUGCUCAACAUGGCCACUGUAUUACUGUCUCAGUCCUCCUCCAGGACAAUGCAGAUCCAACAAUACGAAACCUGGGGGAGUUCUCUCCCUUGGAUCUUGCCGCCCAAUAUGGCCGCCUUGAUGUUGUCAAACAGUUGAUCACAACUCACCCAACGCUUGUGAACAACUUGAUCUUGAACCACUCGCCACUACAUCUAGCAUCAAGGAGUGGACAUCGCGCCAUCGUCCAGUAUCUGCUAGAUUCUGGGUUCAGUGUCAACCUCAAGACUGAUGCUGGCACGCCAUUGCAUGAAGCUGCCACUUACUGUAAAACUGAUGUCAUCAAACUGCUGCUAGAUCGAGGUGUCAUGGUGGACGAGCAAGACGUACGAGGACUCACCCCGGCGGACAUCCUCAAGUCCCUGCCCUCACAGAAGGCGCAUGAGGCUACGAAACUCAUCAAUGAUCACAUCAAAGGCUUGACCAAAGUAGUCCUGCAGGACAGGACGCCAUCAGAAGAUGAGUACGACUUCAGCCCCGAGGACGUCUCUGUCCCAGUCCCCGAGCCAUCCCCCCCAGUCCAGGACAGUGACCCCAUCGCACAGAUGUAUGCCAAGGUCAACAAGGACAACAGAGAGAAGGCAGCAGCACUGAGGCAGAAAAGCCCUGUGAGCCCCGAUGUAUCACCACCCCCCAUCCCACCCCGAGCGCCCUCUAUCCGCUGUUCCCGGAACCCUGUGGAAGCAGCACGGCGGUCGCCACCGGUUACAAGUUGCCCGGCAACAGGCAGCUCCAUGACAGCAGCAGAAGCUGGUGCUAAGGAGCAGCCGAAGAAGCCGCCCCGUCGGCGCCCCACCCGACUCAGCCAGUCCAGCCAGCAGAUGGAAUCUCAGGAACCCAGUCAGGAGGCCGACGAUCGCAGCGUGGAUACAGAUGACACCGUGUCAAGUCAUCGCGAGGAGACUGACGGCAGCGAAGACUGUAGCGCUAUGAAGUCUGCUACCUCCACUGCACCAAAAGACCAGCCCAAACUCCCAAGUCCUGUGUACUGUAAUGUUCCGCCAAAAUCGGAGUCUGUGAAAUCCGAACUUACGAUAACCGAAGAUCAGCAGAGACAGAAUGAGAUAAAUACACAGGGAGAGCCUGUGGAAACUUCACAAAUAACAGAAGCUCAACCCCUUCCCUCACCAAAUGUGAUUCAUAGUGAUAAGGGAGAUAACUCUGUUCAGCCAGAGAGUUCCUCCGAGAUCACAAGUGACUCUAUCGAUGUCUCGAAUAACACAGAUGUAUUUAGUUCGGAUGAUUGGUCUCGGAGUGAAGUGUCUGCGAUCGAGAAAGAAAAGACGGAUCAUUCUGAGGAUUUCUCCACGGCCACAUCUGAUGAUGGACUCUCAACUUCAAGUGUCUCUGUUAUUGGAGCUUUCGAUGGAAGUGAUCGUGUUCAGAAGCCAAGUUCACUAGAGUUUGAGAAUAAAAGGACCAGUCGGUCCAGUGUGGAUGUACCCCUGUCCCCCACCGGCUACGUUCAGCCCCCCACGCCGGACUACCCCCCACCCUCACCAAGCACAGCUGUGCAGGGCAUCACACAGAAGAUCAACCCCCAGGAAAAGAGAAAAUCCAAAGACAUGGAGACCCUUACAGAAGCUUCCAUACUUGCCAGUCUCCAAAACAAGCCAGUGAAGCCACCAGUGAAACCUCCAGUGAAGGCGCCAGUGAAACCUCCAGUGAAGCCUCCAGUGAAGCCUCCAGUGAAGGCGCCAGUGAAGGCGCCAGUGAAGGCGCCAGUGAAACUUCCCCCUGACAAUAACAACAUCGUGGCUGCAGACAGUGGCCCCAUAGUAGAAGAUGGGGAGGAGGUCACAGACGCCAUGCAGCCUCCGCCCAGAGUGGAGCGCAUCACCUCCAAGGUUCUGGAGACUGUCAUCGAGCGAGUCGAGGAGCCGAAUCAAUCCGGGAGUAAUGGAGAGAUUACCACAAACACGCAACAACUCACGGAACAUGUACAGCUACGGCGAAGGAUUAGUUCCGAGAGUGCCAGUGAUGCAGACACCGAGACUAGCAUAUUUGCAGGUCUGUUGCGGGGAUCCACGCCUGGAGGGCCACGAAAUGUGGUGUCCCAAAUAUGUGAAAGUGACGUAGUUCGGCAGAUCAAGACAAAACGUCAGUCCACCCCGUCAUCCUUCCUCAGCUUUGACACGGUCAUGGAGAAGGAGGAGGACAAGGACAACAUCGACGCUGAUGCGGUUCUCGCUGGCCUCGACGAUGCCUUGAAAAAUAACGCUGCUGCUGAGAACACCAACGGCCACAAGAGUGGGGAUGACGGCAAUAUAGACGAGAGUGAGGAAUGGGCAAAUAUCGCCGCCACGUUGGCUGAGUUCGGGGUGGGCAUGGCUCGAGAGUCCGUGUUUGUACGCGAGUACGAGGCGGACUUUGCACGGUUAUUGGCAGGUACACACCUCGCGCCCAAAUCUCAAAAACCCUCCAACAAGAUACAGAGUGUCGGGGAGUGGCUGGAGAUGCUAGGCCUGGGACAGUACGAGAACACACUGGUUGCUAACGGCUUUGACGAUACAGACUUCCUUGGGGGCAAGGUGAUGGAGGAGCAGGACCUUGAGAGCAUCGGUAUCACAGACACAGAGCACCGGACAAAGCUGCUGAAGGCAGCCGUUUCCUUACCUAAACUAGAACCAAUAGGUAGGUCACUGAGAGAUCAAGCAAAGCUUCCCCCAUCAGUUGAAGAAUGGCUGAAGUCAUUGCGGUUGGAACAGUAUUUAGAUACAUUCACUAAUCAUAGAUACGACACCAUGGAGCGUGUUGUCAAAGUGUGGGAGUUAGAAUUAACAAGUGUAUUAGAUAUAACAUCUAUAGGGCAUAGGAAGCGAAUACUAGCGUCAUUAGGAGACCGCCCUGCCCCGGAGCGGAUCAACUCUUCAAGUAGUCCUAACAUCAUCAAGAAGACCAUGACACAAGGUGUGGAGGUCAUAUCUCCAUUUGAUCACAUUGAUCUCUAUAAAGACUAUACAGGCGUCAAGUCAACCGCAGUCGAUGACCCAGAAGUGCCAGAACCUUCCCAGAAUCCAUUGCUCAUGUUCGGAACUGGCAACGAUGGUCUCAGUCAAGGCCAGCAUAUCCGUGACAGCACAAUACAUAUCCGCCCACCCCACCUGGCCCACACGACGGGGUCAGUCCGACAGUGGCGCCACCGCCCCGAGAUCCUCAUCAAGGGAUGCUGUAACUACACUGCUCAGUAUCUUGGGUCAUCCUUGGUGAAGGAGCUGAAUGGUCCGGAGUCCACACAAGAGGGCAUCUCUAAACUGAAGCAAAGACUACGGCGAAAACUCCAGAAAUCCACUGAUGUCAUUGCCAAAAUUCCAACUAUAAUGCUUUCCAUAUCGUACCGUGGUGUCAAGUUCAUUGAUGCCAAAUCCAAGAAAGUUAUCUGUGAUCAUGAAAUCGCCAACAUCUUCUGCGCAUGUCAGGACUCAGAGCAUCUGAACUUCUUUGCAUACAUCACGAAGGACCGCGAGACCCAGAAGCACUACUGCCAUGUCUUCAGUGUGCGGAGCAGGGAAUUGGCAGGGGAGAUAAUCCUGACUUUGGGAGAAGCCUUUGAGAUUGCAUACCAGAUGGCGUUGAAAGAGAAAGCUGAGGAAGAUGCCAUGGAGUUUGAGAAGAAGCUGAGCCCCAGUGACCAAGAAGAUACAACCAGCGCCUCAUCAAAAGCAUCGCUCAAUACAGUAUAGCACAUGUACAUAACGUGUGUAGUCUCCUGUAUAGCUGGCCCCUCAUCAGGCUUCUCCAGGUCUUCCAUGGCAUGAGGAGCCCCAAGCGCCAUGCACCAUCCGCUAACAUAGAUCCUGGCAACUGUAUCAGCCGAAGUCAGAAGCAGCUAGCUCAUUGAGAAGUUUUUAAUGAUAUUUACAAUUUCUAUCAAUAUUUAGCACCAUUUAAAAGUAUUUACUAUUAUUAAAAACACUAAAGCAUCAUCAGUGUUCUACAGUAGUCAUCAUUUGGCAAGCACCUGCUGGAGACUCCUACAACACAAGUGACUAACUACUAUAUUCAACCAUCAUGUCCUCAUUCCAUCAAACUAAUUCCAGCAAUCUAAGUGGCACUAAGAUUAUUUGGUGAAUGUGCCUUGAUAUUAAUGGGGGACUACGCUCCAUGGUCUGGGAAACUCACCAGUCUAGAUCUACUUGAAGAUAAUAUAAUUAUCAAUGAUUGAGUGAUAAUUGUACCAUGAAUUUUGGAAACACUAAAUUCUGAUUGGUCAUUCAGAGGUUUCAAAUCACAAUAACCACCCCAGCUGUGCGUUUGGUUCCAAAUUCAAUUUAGAAUGGUUUGAUCUACAGGUAACCUCGCUCUACAAUGAAAAGACAGUAUGUUUAUCUACUAAACGUUAUAAUAUUUGAGCAACAAAGAAAGAUGUUUUUCAGUGACUAGAAUGACAUGCAAGGGUUAUCAGUUGACCGUAGUCCCGCCCUGCGAUUCAGCUGGGAGACAGAUAGGGAGAUGUACACUUGGAUGAUAACAAGUAUUUGAAGAUGGGGCUAUAAUGUACAUUUUAAAGUAGGACCAUGCAUAAAAUUGUUGAUUUUGUUUAUUUCUUUGUUUAUGUUGGACAGUAUGCAAUUUUUGGCAGAGGGUGAGGGUGCAAAGAUUGUAAGAUAUAUGGAAAUCUUUCGUUAAUGUAUUGCAAUUUUACAGAUUGCAUGUAGAGAUUUAUAGAUUUCCAGUGUUGCCCUCAUAAGCUACUAUACUUUUUUACUUUCAUUUUUUGAAGUAUUAAUACAUAUACAUACCAAUCAUUCAAUUACAAUAAUCAGAAUUCACAUUUAACAUCAUAUUUCAGUGUAUGCCACUUUUGACCAAAUUUCAUGAGUAAUAUCAAUACAAUAUGACAUCAGUUUUUGUGACCAAUCAUAUUGACCAGUUCGCUUAUUUGAACAUAUCCGCACACAGGGGUCGUCUCAAGUUUUUCAGUCUUUUUAAUUGUGUUCAUAAAGAGAUCAAUAAUGGAUGCUUCAUACAACAGUUUGCCGUUGAUACAUGAAUAGAAUAUUCUUGUAGUGAUAUUGAAACCAACCAGGUAUUUGGAAAGUAUUAUCACAUGUCUUGUAUGUACUUGAAUUCAUGACCCCGGUAUAAUGUAAAACUUGCCACCUUACAGACUAUUUUGAACAUGCUACAAUUAUACAAGUGCUGGGUUUUUUUUGUUUCGGUAUUUUUUUCCAUAUCAACCAGAAAUCUCCAUGCAUAUCUUUUCAAUAUUUUAAAUUUUUUUUGAGAAGACCCCUAAGAUAACGAAAACCAAAUAUUGUGUUAGUAGCAGCUUUACCAUUCCAUCGUGUUUUGAUUCCCGUUGUUUAUAUGCAAGUUGUAGUUGUAUUUUUAUGUUAUUUAUUUCAAGUUUGUUCACAUCCCACUAGCGUUAUUUACACAUUUAUUUGCUUAUGUCAGCAGAAAUGAAGAAUUGAUUGUUUUCAUGUUAGUGUCACCUGGAUCUCUCGAGAUGUAAAUGGAAUUUACGUAUAAUCUCUUUUUUUAAAAUUCAAUUAUAUAAAGCAUAAUUUGGAAGCUAUAUGCAUUUUUUGGCAGAGAUAUAUUGUAAAGUAAUAACUUGUGUUUCACAACAUGUUUUCUUGGUGCAUGUCCCCUUUACACCUACAUCAAGUCAUUGGUGUGUGUGCUUGGUGUGUGCAUGUCAGGAGAUGGAGUAAUUAAUCAAGAUUUAAACAUGUGGAAAACUACCAUAGACUUCCAUGUCUUCCUUGAGACAAGUGUCAAACUGGGAUAUAUUUGUAGUUGUUUCUUUUUGACAGACUUUGUUUUUAAAAAAUGGUUUGGGAGGUUGGGGAAAACACCUUUUUCUUUUUAGCUACAUGUUGUCAAACAGGUUCAGUUCAGUAAUUGCAUCAAUUCUGAAUUUAAGCAAAAUCAUUCUCUUUGUUUCUUGAAUAAAUAGCUGAUAUAGUGUUUUAGAAGAUAUUAUCAUAUGUAUCAGACCUAUAUUUUGUCAAAAAACAUGUAAACCAAGUUUAACAUGGAGACCUAAGACGAGAAAAUUAUGAGAAUUUCCCACGUGAAGACACCAUUAAUACUUGCAGUUUUCAAAUGUGCAUUUGACAUUUUUGCAUUCAAUUUACUAAAUCUAUAGAUAUUAGUUUUGAAAAAGAUGUAUUGAAAUCACCUGUUUGAUAUUAAACUUUAUCUUUAAACCAGUGUAUUGAUUACAGUAAAUGCCGUGUAGGUAGAUGGCUGUUAUUGCUACUGAUAGAACUAGAGAACUCUCGUACUGAGAGUAACACAGGUGAGAGCACCCUCCUGCUACCUAUGGUGGUUCAUUAAUACGAAGCAGGUUACAUCUAUAGGUAGUUGUGCAUGCGGUAGUACACGGAGAGGGUCACUUCUUCCUAAUCAUGCAGUUGUUACAGAUUGUCUAUUGCUAUUUAAUGUUUAUUAUUUACUUAAGGCCAUGAGCUUUCAAUAAAAAUACUAACUUCAGCUUAUUCAAUGAGAUGUAUUUUCUCACUGAAUUUGUAGAGUAAAUAUAUACAUGGUUUGGAACCAACUCUGCUGUACUUGUGUCUCUUGCUGCCAUUUGUGUUAUAAAUUGUUCAAUUUACAUUUUGUAAUACAUUUGUAAAUUUGUAAUAAAAUUCAGAAGGAUUAUUUUAUGCAAAACAUUUGAUGAAGUUUGUCAUUUAGAUUUCUAAUGGAUAUCGUGUUUGACCUUCAUGUUUUGUUCGCUUACAUUAAGCUUGUAAGUGGCAUUGAAUGUCACUGUUAAAUAUUUGUAUC